UCAAUGAUAAAUUUUAUUGCUAUCUUAUGUAUGCGAGAUAUGAUGUUUUUAAAUAUUUAAAUAUUAAGAGCAUAUAAGAGACGUUAUCUUCUUCAUGGAUCUUCCUAUAUAAACGUUCUUAUGCAUAGCAGCAUGGUUUAACAAGAACCCUGUCAACUAUACACAAGUUCACUUUUCAUAAUUUAGCCCCUACAAAAUAAUGAAUCUUCCAAAAAUUUCCCAAACUUUGUUUGUUUCACUCGUUGCCUGCCUCAACCUCUGCUUCCAUGCGAUCAACUGUGACGACGACGGAGGCUGGCAGAGCGGCCACGCUACCUUCUAUGGCGGCGCUGAUGCAUCAGGAACGAUGGGUGGUGCAUGUGGAUAUGGUAACUUGAACAACCAAGGCUAUGGCACGAACACGGCGGCUCUGAGCACGGCUCUGUUCGACAACGGCCAGACCUGUGGGGCGUGCUACGAGCUACGGUGCGAGGAUGAUCCUCAGUGGUGCAACCCCGGCUCGAUCAUAAUCUCGGCUACCAACUUCUGCCCUCCUAACUUCGGUCUACCGAACAAUAACGGUGGAUGGUGCAACCCUCCUCUUCAGCACUUCGACAUGGCUGAACCCGCCUUCCUCCAGAUCGCCCAGUACCGAGCCGGGAUCGUCCCUGUGGGAUUCAGAAGGGUUCCUUGCGCGAAGAGAGGAGGAAUAAGGUUCACCAUUAACGGGAAUUCCUACUUCGACCUGGUCCUGAUCACGAACGUGGGUGGCGCCGGAGAUGUGCUGGCUGUCUCGGUGAAAGGGUCGGGGACCGGAUGGCAAGUCAUGUCGAGAAACUGGGGACAGAACUGGCAGAGCAACAUGUACCUACGUGGCCAAAGCCUCUCGUUUCAAGUCACUGCAAGCGAUGGCCGGACCGUUGUUAGCAACGAUGUCGUGCCUGCUGGCUGGCAGUUCGGACAGUCCUACGAAGGCGGCCAGUUCUAGGGGCGACUCGGCCUAUUCUCCGACAGGGAGAAUCUUAAGUAGUUUUUGUAAUAAAAUAGCAGAUGAAACGAAGAGCCUAUACAGUAUUAAGGCAUAGAGCAUAACCCGCUCGAGUUCCUUUUUUGGGAUAUUUACUCUUCUAUAGUCAUAAGAAACUGAAGUGCUUGCAAUGGUUUUUUUUUAAUCACA